UCUGUCUUGAAGUUCAGACGCUCUUAGGGUUGUCUGUAACCGGGACCACCAGAUAGCGACUUGACGUUUCAGUUCGGUUAGCAGUGUCCAAAACAAGUCACCUGUGAGCAAUCUCUCUGGCUGCUCAGAAGAAGACCGUCCUACAGCCCUUCUUUCUUAAGUUGUGCGAUGGAUUCUUUGACAAUCGCUACGCUGCUUGUAGCUGGGGUUCUCUCCGCAGUAAGCUCAACACAGUACGAGACGGAGUGUUACACGGCCAAUGGAAAGGACUACAGAGGCCGGCAGAACCAGACCCGCCUUCAAGGAGGAAAGCCGUGCCUUUUCUGGAAUGAAACCUUCCAGCACCCUUACAAUACUCUUAAGUACCCCAAUGGAGAGGGAGGGCUGGGCAGGCACAACUACUGCAGGAACCCUGAUGGUGAUGUCCGACCUUGGUGCUACAUCACAGAUCAUGAUGAUGGGAUCUACUGGAAGUACUGUGACAUUCCCACUUGUCAGAUGCCUGGAAACCUCGGCUGCUUCAAAGACAGCGGUGAUCCCCCAACACUGACCGGAAGCAGCGAGACUAACAAUAAACUCACCAUCCCAGGCUGCAUAAAUUUCUGCCGGAAACAGAGAUACAAGCUUGCAGGGAUGGAGUCCGGAUACGCCUGCUUCUGCGGCAACGACCUGGACUACCGUCGCCACGGGGAGGCGGCCAGUACCGAGUGCAACCAUGUGUGCUUUGGGGACCACACCCAGCCCUGUGGUGGUGAUGGCCGUGUCAUCAUCUUUGACACACGGGUGGGGGCCUGCGGAGGGAACUACACCGCCCCGUCUGAGGUUGUGUAUUCCCCGGAUUUCCCAGACAACUAUGGGGCGGGGCGUGUCUGCUAUUGGACCAUCCAGGUGCCGGGAGCCUCGGUCAUGCUUUUCAACUUCACCUUCUUCGAAAUCGUGGACCAGACAGACAUGGUGGAGUUGCUGGAUGGCUACACCAACCAGGUGGUGGCCCGCUUCGAUGGCCGGAACCCACCCCGGGACAUGGUCAACGUCACCCUCGACUUUGUCAUCCUCUACUUUUACUCUGACAGGACCAAUCAGGCCCAGGGCUUCGCUGUCCGGUACAAAGCUCUGAAGGGCCCAGGGCCGCGGCUGGUGGAGGAGGCAGCAGCAGCGGAGGAUGAGGACGAGGAAGAGGAUGAGGAGGAGGAGGGCGCUAGCACGGUGGAGCCGCAGUACGAGGGUGUCACGGAGAAGUCCAACGGCAGCCUGGACGGCCGCUCCUCCCAGAUCCUCUAUGUCAUCACCUCCAGCCCCGGCAAGCCGGACCACAACAUGCCAGGUCAGUGGCCUGGCCACAGCGGGACCUGCGGCCCCAGCGCUAUUUGGACCAUUUACGCGCUUGCUGCUCUGCUGACACUCACCGUCAUCGCCAUGGUUGCCAAAUUACUUCUGCAUAUCACAGUGAAAUCCCCAACCAUACCCUCCAUCAGUGGCUCUGAGGCCUGUAGUCAGAGCCCAGCUUCAGAGCCCUGGAUCAUCUUCUACCGGCCGUCCACCAUAUCUUUCUUCAAGAAGAAGCUAAAGAACCACCACGGUGACCUCAGCCCCCUGGUGGGAAACUAGGCAGCGCAGUGGUUUCCUCUGCAGGAAGCAAGAUAAAGAUCACGCUGGCCCACCACUUUAGACUUUUUGGGGGGGGGGGAGCUAAAAGCGAGUUUUAAAAAAUGACUGAACAACUAACCGGCAUUGAGCAAGUUUGCCUGGGGCCUGACCAAGACACCGACCAAUGUGUUGCGUGGGAGGGGCAGAGUUGUGAGAAGGACAACGCAGGGAAGACAUUUUCAGGGCCAAUGUUUCCAUUUCCCGCAUUUUGUUCGACCCCAUCGGCACCACGGUGCCUUAGACUGCGGCUGGAACCAGACUCACGAAAGGCACGCUGCCGGACAGAGGUUCUACUGGAGCUUUCAAGGGAGCGGGCUUUCCUUUGUUUAUAAAGAAAAAAAAAAAAAAAAAAAACAAAGAAAAAAAACUCUUUGUAAUAUGGAUGCAUACAAGAUAAGAGACACAACUCACAAAGUAGGAUGUGUGAAACAAAGAAAGAUGCCUUUGGCAGACACGUCAUAGAUGUGUUGUGGAGAGGCUUUGUGUGCUGGCCAGGGGAAAGAGGAGGUCAUCCCCAUCAAACCUUGCACAAAACAGUUUUACACACCUCUCCAAAGGCUGGGCUGGACAAUCAUCUGACAAUGACAGGCACGUGUCACCCUGUUAAGAAUGACAAGAAGGGGACCUUUUUGAAUAGUUUUCCUUGUGUAGGUCAGCUCUUGUUUUCUGUGCAGGCUGCCUUUCUCCUGAGGUGAAACACCUGUUCAGAUGAAUAUAAACAAAUAAAAGAAUGCGAUUCUGAUCUCGCCGGAGCUCAGAAGGAAUAACCAAAUUUGAAAAGAGUAGCACGGGUGAAAGAUUGCAUCUUUAUCGGAGGAUCGGAGGCAGCCAGUGCCAGAGGGAGGGUGAUGCACUUAAACAAUUGCCAUUCAACCUCCACCCCACCUCCAGCAAGAUUUCUUCAAAAUGUCUGUUUUCUUGUCUGCUAGGGGCUCCGAUCUUUCUGGUUAGACUGUGUUCAAGUGCCUUAAGGAUCACUAAAAAAGACAACUGGUCUUUCUGUUUGUUUUAAUAGGAAAAAUGUCCUUUUGUCUGCUAAUUUAUUUCAUUUUGAUUCCUAUCUGUGUGACACUGCUUAACAUUAGCAGAAAACAUAUCAACAUAACUGUGACCAGUCACCAGUAAAUUUUUCCUGUAUGUUACUGGUCUUACCCCAGACAACACUAGUCAUAGAACUUACUAGUUAAUUUUUUUGUGUGCAUAUCCUUGCUAUGUUAGUACAGGCAAAAUCUAUACUUUAUACUGUAGGAGUGAUAAGAAAACUCUGUCUCUGCAUUUCAUGAACUGGCAAAACAGUCAUGAAUGAACAUGCACAAGACCCAAAUGUAUUGCAUAAAGCAUUAAAUGCUGAGACACAGCCAUAAGGGCGUCAGAGGCCCCUGAUUUAUCGCACGUUCACAAGUUCAAAGUUGUGUGUUCUCGAGCUGCUCCUUCACUGCGGCUUUAGGGUGUCAGAGCACUUUCUCAUCACCAGCAACCUGAUUUUCCUGAUUUUGAAGCUUGCCAGAGCCAAGCUCACUUAGCGUCACGCAAAUGCCAACAUUAGGCUCCGAGCUUUGUGACAGACAGCAUAAGAAUUGACUGACUUGUCAAGGCUGGGCCAUUCGAUUAAUUAAGAGGUUCAUAUCAGUAAGAGCUUACCUGCUUGAUACAAGGCAAUGGAGCUCUAAGGUGUCAAUUUUGCUGCGUUUAUGAGAAAAACCGGUGGGUUCACGUCUUAGAAUGCAUUUGUGAAUAGUGCUGCUUCUCAAACCACCCAUUUUCUGAUAUGGCAGUGGCGUAAAUUAGAACAGCUUGGAGCCUAAGGGCAUGGGGGGAGCAUACUAGGGAGUCAUAUGACUGGUGAUGAUGCAAAAUGAAAUGAUCAGGCCAAAUAUAACAAAGAAAUUUGUAAGCAAUCAUAUUGGUGAGUAUACUUCGUAGGUAUGUAUUUGUUUUCAAAUUGUUAGGCAGCUUAAAAAAGAUCAAAGAAAACACAUGUACUUAAAUAGCAUUACAUGUCUAUUAGCAGUACUUAUCCAGUUUGCAUGUGUCUUGUGGAAUGAAAUCAUAAAUACCCCCUAGAAAGCAAAGCAAUAUUACAUGCAAAGUUGAGGCAAGAAGAAUAAGCAUGAAGCAUACAGCCCAAGAUAGCAUAUAUGCACUUGCAACAAAAACAUCCAUUUUUAUGCAAAGAGAAGCAUUUGAAAUAAUCCACUGCCUUAUAUGCAGAUUAAUUUGACAGGCAUCAAGAUCUAUUUGUAUGAUGUAAUGUAUUACUUUGGCAGUCUGAUCAUUUGUAAUACAGUGUAUAUGUUGGUUAAUUAUUGCAAAUCAACAAUAAAAUGAGUGCUUUAAGUUUGACAUUUACUGUAAACCAUGCAUACUUAGCAGUCUUUUUCAGGUGAGGAUGAAAAAAAGAGCAGUAGCAAUGCAGGCAGUUUAAAUCUAACCAGGCCAUCUGUUUGGAUAGUGUAGUGACUAGUGUGAACUCCCAUAUUCAAUCCCUUGCUUAACCCUAACUAAAUGCCAUGGUACUCCAAUUAAUUGAAAUUUGGCGUUUCCUGCGCAAAUGGACCUCAUCAGAUAUUCAGGCUGUGCAAACACCAAGAUAAGAAACUAUA